AUGCAUAAUAAGCUACAUGGUAAACAAGCGAAUACUCAUAAACGAAGAACAUCAUCUGCUUGUUCUCAUCAAUCACGAGAAGAGUUCAGCGAUUGGCCUCACGGAUUACUUGCCAUUGGAACGUUCGGUACCUUGACCAAAGAUCAAACCCCAAUACAAGAAGUGAUUCAAGAAGAGAAGACUUCUAACAUGCACGUGGAAGGUAGAGCGCAAGAUAGAGAUCACGAUAUUUCUUUAUCCGAUGAUCUUGAAGAUUUUACUCCCGAGGAAGUUGGGAAACUACAAAAUGAGCUGACGAAGCUCUUGACAAGAAAGAACAAGAAGAGGAAGUCUGAUGUGAACAAAGAACUUGCCAAUCUUCCUUUGGAUAGAUUCUUGAAUUGUCCUUCGAGUUUUGAAGUCGAUAGACGAAUCAGCAACGCGUUUUCAGGUGGUGGAGAUUCUGAUGAGAACCAAGAAGACAUUGAGCGUACGAUUAGUAUUAUUUUGGGGAGAUGCAAAGCUAUUUAUACAGAGAGUAAAAAUAAGAAGAAGGGUAAGAGAGAUGUGAGCAAAACCUCUGUUUCUUAUCUCCUCAAGAAGAUGUUUGUAUGUACAGAGGGGUUAUCUCCUAUUCCUAACCCUGGCUUGAGAGACACGUUUCAAGAAUAAAGAAUG